AGGAGCGGGAGCUGAGGGGAGGGAGAGGCCGGUCCGGGUCUGGCCGCUGCCGCUGCUCGCCUGAGGUGUCCAGGCCGGUCCGCGGCUCUGUCCUCUGCUCUUGGGCACGGUCCACGAGGCUCCGCAGGACAGCGUGAGAGAACCGCGGGCGGCGGCCGCCGCAUCAUGACAGCCAAGGACGAGCGGGCCAGGGAGAUCCUGAGAGGCUUCAAACUAAAUUGGAUGAACCUGCGGGAUGCGGAGACAGGCAAGAUCCUCUGGCAAGGCACCGAAGACCUAUCUGUCCCAGGCGUGGAGCAUGAAGCCCGUGUUCCCAAGAAAAUCCUCAAGUGCAAAGCAGUGUCACGAGAGCUGAACUUCUCCUCAGCAGAGCAAAUGGAAAAAUUCCGCCUGGAACAAAAAGUUUACUUCAAAGGACAAUGCCUAGAAGAAUGGUUCUUCGAAUUUGGCUUUGUGAUUCCCAACUCCACAAAUACCUGGCAGUCCCUGAUAGAGGCAGCACCCGAGUCCCAGAUGAUGCCAGCAAGCGUCCUAACUGGGAACGUUAUCAUAGAAACCAAGUUCUUUGACGACGAUCUUCUUGUCAGCACGUCCAGAGUGAGACUGUUCUACGUCUGAGAGAGGAGCACGCGCACCUUUCAAGGAUCUGGGGCUGUGCGAGGGAGGGAGAGGAAGCCACCUCUGCUCUUUUUUUUCCUCCAAAUGUUUGAAUUUUGGCACCUCACUCCCUGGCAGACCCCACCUGCGGCCACCAGGGACCAGAUCUGUGUAGAUAACCAGGUGGUUUUUUCCUCACUGACCAGACUAAAUGCCCAAACCCACGCCGAGGCGGGACCGGUGCCUCAACUCCUUCCUGGUGCAGACGUGGGGGCCAACCAUCCAGGGCAGAGGCGCCCGCCCGGGGCCCUGCAGGCCCCACGUCUUCCUUCGGCCCCUGCUUCCGGGAAACUUUAUGUUCCCGACCCACGUCUAGUUUUUUCCUAUCAUUUCUAUUUCAUACAUGCUCACACAUUUAACUUGUAAAAUAGACUGAUAUUAUUAUUACAUAAUGUAAUUAAAUGAAUUCUAAAAUU